AAACACUGCAAGUCUGAAGCAGAGAGAGACAGAGAGGAAGACUGAACAAGAAGAAGAGAGAGAGAAAAAUGGGGAAAGCAUCAUCGUCGUCAACGGCCCAGGACGCGCUUGCCCUCUUCGAUUCUUUCCGCUCUGCUUACUCCGCCACUCCCACCACUCUCAAGAUCAUCGAUCUCUAUAUUGGGUUUGCCGUAUCCACAGCCCUCAUCCAGGUAGUCUACAUGGCUCUUGUUGGAUCAUUCCCAUUCAACUCUUUUCUUUCUGGAGUACUUUCUUGCGUUGGGACAGCAGUCCUUGCUGUUUGUCUCCGUAUUCAAGUGAACAAAGAAAACAAAGAAUUUAAGGAUUUAGCACCUGAACGGGCUUUUGCUGAUUUUGUUCUCUGCAACGUGGUGCUGCAUUUGGUGAUCAUGAAUUUCCUUGGAUAAAUUAGCAUAUUUUCGUCAUGUUGGAUACUGUUUCCUUCAAAAUCGUGAUAAGAUUAUGAUCUUAGACGAGUUUUAUGAAUUUGAUGUCACAACUCUUCUCGGAAAGAUUUUCAUUUAUCUGAUAUUAUAAGUUUUGGUG